AUGUGGGCAUAUGGACGGCAGGCAUGCUCCUUUCCGGAGUGGUCGCGAACUGGAACAUCCGCCGUCACGGCGUAUGGUUGCAACCACGAAUGGCGCAAGGCAAUCCACGUGUUGGAGGACCUUCGCCGCAACGGCCUGCAGGUGAAUGCCGCCCCGUUCAAUGCCGCGAUACGCGCAUUGCGCAUCGAAUCCGGGACUAGGAGCCGGACUUGCGAGCGUCGAUGGCAGAUGGCAUUGACUGCGGCAGAGGAGCUCAUGCUCUUCGGUCCGGAACCGGACUCUUUCACGCUGAACACAGCGGUCAGUGCUUGUGCAUCGGCACGCGCUUGGCAAGCAGCAGCUUCCACCAUCAAAGUCGCACAGCGGUGGCUGGAUGUCAUGCCAGACUCCAUAAGUUUAAUUACUGCGAUGUCUGCAUGCGAGCGUGCGCAGGAGUGGGAACAAAGUCUGGCAUUAUUUUACAGCGAGAUGCCGCGGUUGCGCAUCGAACCAACAUUGGUGUCCUUCAAUGCUGCAAUCAGCACUUGUGCUGCUGCUGGCCUAUGGCAGGCGGCGUUGCAUCUUCUGGAAUCAAUGUCCGGCUGCCGACUGCGCCCAGACGUUGUGAGUUGCAACUCGGUGCUUACAUCCUGCGGCCGCGGCUUCGAGUGGCGACGAGCCGUGCAGUUGCUGCGGACGAUGUUGCGAGGAGAACCCAGGCCGCCGGACCUGGUCUCCUUUAACACGGCCCUUUCAGCUGUCGCCAACAGCAGGGAAAGAGGCGACUGGGAGCGAGCCCUUGCCUUGCUCGAGGAGAUCCAGCGGGAGCGCCUCCUUCCGGAUCUCAUAAGUUUCAACACGGCGAUGGACACCUGCACUGGAUCACAGCGCUGGGAGGUGGUCCUGCAACUCCUGGAGGACCUUCGGCAACAUGGCCUCCGAGCAGACCUCCAUACCGCUACCGCCGCAGCCAGUGCGUGUGCUCACGGCGAGCAGUGGCAAUUGGGCCUUUUCCUGGCGGACGUCUGUGCUUGCAGACAUCGGCCAGAUGUGCAGCUGUACAGCACGAAGCUCUUCCUUUGCGAGAAGGGGUUCCAGUGGGAACUCGCUCUAGAUCUCCUUUCGAGGAUGCUUGGCGACAGCAUUGCCUUGGACUCGAUCUCCUCGAGCAUCGCAAUCCGAGCAUGCGCCACCCGUCGCAGUUGGGACUUGGCAUUGUGGGUGCUCAAUGAGCUCUGUGGCCGUGACAGAGAUCCUGGAGCCAAAGCCUAUCUUGCUGCCGUGGAUGCGCUGGAGGCCAGCAAUGGUCCACCGGCAUCUCCCGAGCUCUUCGAAGAUGUUUGCGGUAUAGAGCGUGUCUCCUGCAACCGGGCUCCGGGCCUGGCUCAGAGUGACAGUUGGGCAGAUGACGCGGCCACCAUGAAUCGGAGGCCACAGCCGAUCGCCUUCCCCCAAUCGCCCGCCAGCGCACCAAAGGUCGACAAGAAGACACUGCCGACAGCCACUGACAAGACGGGCACUUCGCCCUCCAAAGCGAGCAGCCGAAGCUCGGUCCGGGUGCAGGACGAGGACCUCAAAGGCUUCUCCUUGAUCAAGUACCUCCAGGUCUUGGCUUCCCAGAACAGGAAGAAGGCUUGGGUGGACCUCCAGUUUCUGAGGAAUGUCUUGCAGUCAUUUAACAGGAAGCACCUCAAUGAGCGAGAGGAUGUGUUCGGGUACACCUCGCUUGCGCUGGCAAGCAGUGUUGGCCACGAGGGCGUUGUGAAUCUACUGUUGGAGGCUCAGGCCGACUCGAAAGUGAAAUGCAACCUUGGAAAUACACCCCUCCACUUGGCAUCUCGAGCAGGUCACGUUGCUGCGGUGCAGGUGCUUGUGCAGCACAAAGUUGCUCUGGACUCCAAGAACAGUGAAGGUUGGACGCCGCUCAUGUGGGCAUCCAUGUCUGGGCGUGCUGACGUGGUCGCUGCCCUGCUGGCGGCACAUGCAGAGGCGAAGUUGAAAGACUCCCAGGGCAUGACCGCAUUGAUGUGGGCUACCCGUCACGGUCAUGUGGACGUCAUGAGGUUGUUACUGGGUGACGGGCCAGACCUCAGCAUAACGGAUUUUGGAGGUCACAGCGUGAUGCACCACGCGCGGCAGCACAAGGCGGCCAGGAAGAUGCUCGAGCGCUUCGAGGCGCUGAAUCGACGGUUGCUCCACUCCGCGAAAUCCGGGGACCUCAACGAAGCGUCUAUGGCACUUGAGGCCGGUGCCUUUGUGGACACACUGGAUGCUGACGGCGCGAGUCCCUUGCUUCAUGCUGCGUCCCAGCGAAACUUGUCCAUGGUCCGCCUACUGACGCGCCACGGAGCGGAUCCGAGCUUGGAGGCCUCCCGGGCAAGUUCUCCCUGGCUUCGAAAUGCAGAGUAUCAGACAUCGAUCCAGGAGGUCCUUCGCGAUGCGGUGAAGGCGAACAAGCUUCUGGUAUCUGCUGCCAAGGAGGGAUGGUGGAAGGGCGUCUUCCAGGCCAUCGAGCACGGGGCGUGGCUGGAGAUACCAGACGAGUCGCAAAAGACGCCGCUUGGCUGGGCUGCAAGCCAUGGCAGUGUUCAAGCGGUUCGGCAGCUUAUACAGGCUCGCGCCUCUUUACACGCCCGCGAGCAGUGCGGCUGGACUCCUAUCCAUUGGGCGGCUCACAGAAAUUGGGCAGAGGUGGCCUCAGUGCUCCAUUACCACAAUGCUGACGUGCACGCCAAGGCUUUUUCGGGUGAUACCAUAGUUCACUUGGCGGCGAAAAGCAAUCACUGCUUCAGCUUGGUGCUGCUGAGUUGCGCAUCGGCCAGCUUGGACGUCAAGGGCUUUGAAGGGCGGACACCGCUGCAAGCCACCGCAAUAGGCGGUAAGGUUGCGGCCAUGCUCUGUCUGCUGAAGUUGCGGGCUGACGCAAGCGUCCGAGGCGAAGGUGGGCGGAGCCUAACGGCGCUUGCAGCACUGCAUGGCCAGCAUGCUCUGCUGGAUGCGCUCUUGGAGAAAACCUCAGGCGGUCCUGUGGCUGCACGAAGUGAGAAGGCUACAUCGAAGAGGAGGAAAGAGCAAGAAGUUUCGGAGAAAGCUGGCUCAAAGCUAGAGAAGGUGGUGGAAUUUCCAGAAGCCGAGGAAGUCCCCAGCCAAUCUACUGGCAAGCCGAGGAAAGCCGAGGGCCAUAGCAAAGACGCAGACAAGGAGCAUACCAAGAAGGAUGGAAGUGAGAGAAAGCCAAGUCCCACUCGAAGCCAUGCAGGAAAGGACCAGCGCAAGGAUCCGAAGGAAGCCAAAGACGACCCUGAAUCAAAAGGCAUCAGGGAGGGCUCGCACCUCGAGGUGCCGAAGAACAGCGCCAGGGGGAAGCUUCAGAAGGAGGGGAGCAAAGCUCACCUGGAGCCUACUGAGCCAGCUGAGUCGGUAUCAGCUGUCUCGCAGCAAAGCUGGCGCAGCCGAAAAACGGAUGUCACUGAAGAUGAGGACGUUGAGGGCGAGGAUGGCAAAAAGACCAAAAGGGUCAAGGUACAGAAGCAGCUGGACAUGGCACUGUACGAGCAAGCCGAGGCCUUCAACAAGACGCUUCCAGCAAAAGUUGAUUUCAGUGUGUCGCAGGCUCUGGCAGAAGUGGACGACGAUGGCCGAACUCCGCUCGGGCUGGCGGUGCAGGCCGGCCAUGUGCGCGUGACCUCCCUUCUCUUGGACAGAAAGGCCUCUUUGGAGGUGGCUGACAAAACAGGCAACACGAUUCUCAUGCUGGCAGCGCGAGGUUCGUCUCGCACCACUCUGAUGAUUGUAGAGCACCUCCUGGCGGCACGUGCAGAUGUGCAGGCUCAAAACGAUGACAAAUGCACUGCGGCGGACGUCGCCAAGGUACCGAAGGUGCGGGAACUACUCAAAAAUCAGAUCGAGCGGCUCCAGGUCGGCAAAAAGCUUGGUCAGUCGCAGAGCCUUCCCGCUUUGAAGGCUCCUGCGCCUGAGAGGAGGAAUAGCCGGAAUAGCGAGUCGGAAGAGCCUCCUUCGCAGACGACAUCGUUGCCAGGUGGACGAGUUCGUCUCGAACAUUUGCCCGCCAAUGUUCCGCCAGACAUUUUGGAGGACGCAAUCCUUACCUUGGUGAGCCUGCGUCGUGCACCGCAACCCAGGGCGAUCGAAGUUGCAGUGCACCCCAUCACCCAACGAACGCUAGGCCACGCUUACGUGGACUAUGAUGACGAGGUGUUGGCAAUACAGCUUGCCGAUGCCAAAUGCGAUGCCAAGAAGGAUCCGUUUCGAGGCACAGUGCAGCUCCUCAAAGAGGAAUGCUUUCGCCCCAUGCGCCGAGCCUCUCGAGCCUCUCAGGGAUCCUUGUGA